GGUUGGAACAUGUCAGCAAUUUGCAUUUUUGCAAACUACAGACUAGAGUGCUAGAGAUAGCCUAAAGAGAUAUUUAAGCCUUGCAAUAAUCUAUUGAGACUAUCCAAGAUUUGUUUUAGCUCCUCCUUUGAAAUGGCAAUGUCUGUGAUGUCGUUGGCAGUACUGGCUGGAUUGUGUCUUUCAAUUGCUGAAGUCUCUGCUCAGGCCAUAGACCCAUGCAAUAGAACCGUUCCUUCACAACCCUUCAUAUACGAUAUCUUGAACUCACAUGAAACCGUCUGUCCUCAUUCUGGGUUGCUUCAAGAUGCAGUGUUGUGCUUCUCGAAAUCAGUUGGGAUAACAUCAUACUUUGUCACUCAACCCGAUAGAGUAGUUGAAAUCCCUAAAGUCUGUGUUCUUAAUAUGACGACCCACUGUGCUGGGGAGUUUGAUGGACUUUUGAUUAAACUAAGCCAGUUUCCCAUGUCAGGAUAUCUUGAAAUUUCAGCACUAUUGAAUGUUCAAUUUGGUAAUGGCAGCCGCCCCCUUCAAAUUGAGUCUGGUAAAAAUGUGUCGAUAUCUGGGAGUUUAAUACUCUUACCUAUGAUUUUUGGCAAUCUUGAGUCAACAGUUGUUUGCGAAAUUCUGGACAAUGGCACAAAUGUUACUAGUGAACUCACCACAAUGCGCGGCAAUAGCAUUGAUUGCUUGGGGGUAGCACCUCGCUCGCUAAAUAUUAACUUGGGUGUUCCGCAAUCUCUUACGCUCUCAUCCCCGGCAUCUUCCCAGGAGAGAACAGCCACCUUGUUCCUCACCAAUACCAAUACAUCUUGUUCUUCAACUGCAGAAAGAUUGUCCAAUGUCUUCACUGUUGUGAUCAAUUCAACGGGGACUCCUAUAGAUCCGACGUCACCACCGAGUAUAGACCCAGCAAUCAUCGGUGGCAGUGUUGGUGUGGUUCUGCUGCUAAUUGUAGGGAUAGUGGUUAUCCUUGUAGUGGUACAUUGGUGGAGAAAGAACAGCACAGGGACAAGGACUGCUGAUGUGGCUGGUAGAGAUCGCAAUGCUUUAGAAUUGCUGGCUCUUUCUCCUGUAUCCAGCAAGGAUGGUAACGAGAUUGACAGUGGUGUUGGAUGGUCGUCGCCUGGUCCCUCCACCCCAGUCAAAUUCAUUGUUGCGUGGAAGCUCGCUGGUCCUUGGUACACAGAAUUAAAGAGUGCACUUGGAACAGCCUUUGACUCGAAGCUGACAGAGCUAGUUUUGACUGAUGACUCUGAUCGAUUUGUGCAUGAUGCACAUGCUAAGUUGGAGGCACCUAACGUCAAACAUCUGUUUCUCAUACAAAACAUGGACGAAUCAGAUCGUCCAAGCUCUUGUAGAGAGGUCAUUAAGUACUUUGAAUCUAGACCGUGUGAUGUUUUCUCUAAAGUGUGGGAUAUACGACUAGGUGCUCCUGAGGAGUUUAUGAUACCCAAGGACAUGCUCAAGGAAAAUGCUUGUCGUAUUCACAAGCUUGGUAUCUCCCCAUCUAAUGCUAGCUCCUCAGGUGAAGAUUGUGCCAAAGAAAUAUACAAACAAAUUUCUUAUUUUGAUCUCAAACACCCGAGUACCAUUGUUGAUGAAGAACGUCUUGUAAAAACAUGUAGUGAUACUCCUUCUGCCUGGGUUGAUUCGCCAACAAAGGUUGAUCUAGAGAAUACAUGGCCUCUGCCAAGGAAAGUGAUGACAACUCCAGAAGAAAUCAGAGCAAGGAAAAUGAUGGCAACUCUUGAAGAAAUCAGAGCAAACACCGAACACGUGCGACACACUACAGAUGCGACGGCAGAAGAUUUACAAGAUAUCGGGUCAAAUGUGCGUAAGAUAGAUGCGAAAACUAACACAAUUGCUGAUACAACUGACAGAACACAACGCAUGAUAGAAGAGACUGCCACAAAACAAGAAGAGGCCACUAUUGUAGACCUUGACAACCCAGAAGAAACUCCCGAACUUACAAACGAACCUACAGAGUCAUGACCUUUUUAUUCACGCAUGUAUUCUGAUUUUACUGGUAACUGUACUUUGUUCAUUGCUCUUCACCUGUUUUUUUCUCUCACAAAUUUCAUGAGGUCACUUUUCACUGCAAAGAUAAGAUGUACAUGUAAGCUA